AUGUCUGGACAUGCCGUAAACCAUAUUGUAUGUGUCGGUGCCGUUUACAUCGACACCAUCCUAACUGUUCCCCAUUUCCCCAUAGAAGAUGAAAAGCUACGCGCCAAAUCCAUAACACGAAGAAGAGGCGGAAACACAGCAAACAGCUUAGAAGUGUUAUUGCAACUACAACAACAUGGUCCCGAGACAGCGCGGAAUCCUCGAUCCACAGACUUGCAUCUGCUCGCCGUACUUCCUAAUGAAGAUAGCGCUGCGUCGAAAUUCAUCUGCGAAUCACUGCCCCAAGUGAAGAUAUCCGAUGUGAGUCUGUUUCGCAAACAGCACAAGGAAGCGGCAUCUAGCUAUAUUAUCCAAAGUGAGGAGAACCGGUCGCGCACGAUUGUCAGUCUCAAUCAGCUACCUGAAAUGCAAGACAGCGAGUUUAUGCAGCAGGUCUGUAGCUUUACUGGAGGAGGAGGUGGUGGUGGUGAUGGCAAAGAGCAAGGUUGGAAGAAAGCGUGGUUCCAUUUCGAAGGCCGUGUUCCAGAAAUCACACACUUGUGCGUCCGCUUCCUGCGCGAAAAGUUCCCUCACUUUAAGAUCAGCGUCGAGUGUGAGAAGCCAGAACGCACGAGUAUGGCUGAGGUCGCGCAGUACGCGGAUGUGGUGUUUUAUUCGAAACUCUGGGCCGAGAAGAAUGGGUAUAAAGAUGCGAAGAGUUUUCUUGAAGAUAGGAGGAGUGAGACGAGAGAUGGUGCAAUGUUAUGUUGUACAUGGGGAUCUGGAGGCGCGGCUGCGGUUCAGAAGGGGGAUAAUGAGGUUUGGGCGGAUGUCAGGGCGUGGCAGGCUGAAGGAGAUGGGCAAGCAAAGGUUGUGGACACUAUUGGUGCUGGGGAUACUUUUAUCGCUGGUAUGUUAUUUGCGAUUAAUGAGCAUGGAGAGUGGUCGUUGCAGCGGAAACUUGAGUUUGCGAAUGAGCUGGCUGGAAGGAAGGUUUUGCAGGAGGGAUUUAGUGGCCUAGGGAAGAAAAUGUGGUAA